AUGGGGUACCAAUGUGAUCAUUGUGGGGAAGCAAGAUCAAUGGUGUAUUGUAGAUCAGAUGCAGCCUACUUAUGUCUAUCAUGUGAUCGUGUUGUUCAUUCUGCAAAUGCUCUAUCAAAACGCCAUUCAAGAACACUUGUAUGUGAUAGGUGUAAUUCACAACCUGCAGUGGUUAGAUGUGUAGAAGAAAAAGUCUCACUUUGUCAAAAUUGUGAUUGGGUUGGUCAUAACGGGUCAACCACACACAGUAGACAAACAUUGAAUUGUUACUCGGGUUGCCCUUCGGCUGUUGAACUUUCAUCUAUUUGGUCGUUUAUGACGGAAUUGCCCUCGGUUAUUGAUUCUACUUGUGAACAAGGAAUUGGGUCAAUGAGCAUUGCUGAUAAUAGUCAAGGACCUUCUAAAAGCAACAAUAAUCAAGAUGUAGUUGCAAAUGAAUCGAAUUUAUGGACAGGUUCUUUAAGUGUUCGUGUUGAUGAUAAACAGGAAAAUGUAGUUCAACAAGUUGGACAGUUGAAUUCUUCUUCAUCAAAGAUAUCACAUUCAGGGAAAAAAGAUGCUGAAGCAUGUGAUGAUGAUGAUGGAUUCUAUGUUGACUUUAAUAUGGAUGAAGUUGACUUGAGCAUUGAGAACUAUGAAGAACUCUUUGGUGUAGGCCAUAAUGAUCCUGAACAUCUUUUUGCAAAAGAUGGGAUUGAUUGUUUGUUUGGUGGUGCUGAAUCAAAUUGUCAUGGUUCGUAUGCUGCCAAGGAAUCAUCAACUGGACAUGGGAAUCAAGUGCAACCAGCAUGCAGCAAUGCAGCAUCAGCCGAUUCAUUAAUGAGCUGCAAAACAGAACCAAAUCCUUGUUAUGGAAGACAACACUCAAACAUCUCAUUCUCAAGUCUCACAGGAGAGAGUAGUGCUGGUGAAUAUCAAGAUUGUGGAGCUUCUUCUUCAAUGCUUCUAAUGGGUGAGCCACCAUGGUUCAUCCAGGGUGGUGGUGGUGGUGGCUCUGAUCAAACCACCACCGCUAUUGGUAGCAGAAGUGAUGCUGUCCUCCGUUACAGGGAAAAAAAGAAGAUGAGAAAAUUUGAGAAGAGAGUAAGAUAUGCAACACGAAAGGCACGGGCAGAUGUAAGAAAACGUGUGAAAGGGCGAUUCGUGAAGGCUGGUGAUGCGUAUGAUUAUGAUCCCAUGAGUCAAACUCGAAGCUACUAAGAAUCUUGACAUGUUUCUUUAUGAUAUGAAAAUAAGUAAUGAGAAUGAUUCCGAUUCCGAUUUCAAGAUUCAUCUGAAUCAUCUGAUUCCCACAUCUUCGCACCAGUUCCAAGAACAACAAUAUUUGUCGUGAUGUCAACACCCCUCGGGCUAAACUUGGUUUUAGUCUGUUUUUGUUUCUUCAAAUGGUAAAUGUUUUUUGUUGAAAGAACACAGGGUUUAUUGUCAUGGCGGGCGUCGACUUGUUGGGAUCAGGGAUGAUGAUUGUUACUGUAGACUUAUGAUGUAAUUAUGUAUGUAUCUACAUAAGCAUAUUUGGAUGCAUGAUGAGAUAGAAAAAUUUGUGAUAAUUGUUGUGUUUUUGUUGGUAUGUAAAAAAAAUGGGAGAUGUAAAUCAAAGUUGAAUUAGGGUUUGAGUAUUAAACAACUUUUUGUAGGAUGGGUUUUGUGUUUUGUGGUAGUUUUGAUGAUUCUUCUC